AUGAACAGCCAAUUGAUUCUCCUGCUUGCCUUUCUUCCAGCUCUCCUAGCACAACUUUACGGAAUAGCAAAUCCGGGUCUGGUUCCGUAUGGAGCAAGUGCUGCCUGCAAUGGCUACCUUCGAUUUGCCGCGCGAGCUGGUAUUAGACCAUCUGGCCUUGGAUAUGGAGCACUUGGGCCAUACGGCUGUCCAUGUCCUGGUGCAUCGACAGGAGCGUUGCCCUACAAUCCUUACAAUCCCUACGGUUCCACUACAGGUGUUCAAAAUGUCAUACUCAACGCUUGCGUUCCUGCAUGUUGCCCGACUAUUGGCAAGAAAUGA